AUGGAAUAUUCAUGUAUUGGAUUAAAUAAUUUACCUGAUGAAAUUCUUAUGAUUAUUUUUCAAAAAUUGAACAAUAUUGAUAUACUUUAUUCUUUUCAAGGUGUCAAUCAACGACUAAAUAAAAUAAUUCAUGAUCCAAUUUUUACAAAUCGUUUGUCUUUUGUCAAAUGGUUAUCAGAUGGUUUUAUCGAUCUAUUUUGUUCUGAUAUAAUGCUUAAUCGGUUUUGUUUAAAAAUUCUACCUGAAAUUCAUGAUAAAAUAAAAUGGCUUGAUCUUGAAUCAUCAUCUAUGAAACAUGUUUUACAUGCUAUCAAUUAUCCUCAUUUAGAUACUAUUGGUCUUUAUAAUAUUAAUGAAGAAUCAGCUCGAUCUCUUUUUACUGAUGAAACUCUUUCAUCUGGUAUUUUCAAAAAUCAGAUUACAACACUUAUUACAGUUUAUAAUCAUAAUGAUUAUGAAGCAGAGACCG